CAUUCCCCCCACCGCCUAGCCCAAAAAAUGUUCUACUGGAACAUAGCAAAUAUUUCCAAAUCAGAAUCCUGAGAGGGUUCAGUGUUUUCAAAAAAAACUUUUUUUUUUAAUCCGCACUAUAGCUAAAAUAAUAUAAACAGACAAGCAUGCUUUCACUUCCAGUUAAUUUAGCCAAAUGAAGUAGCACUGAACGACCCAACCGUUCUCAAUUUCUCGACUGAAAACACGACGGUCCUGAGGUUGGGGACGACUUAUCGCAGGAAACCCAAACUUCGACCUCUCAAGGGACCCGAAACACGCGUCCUCGGAAGUAAUUCCCACGGAACUCAAUAGGGUUUACUUCUAAGGAAGUGUGAGGAAUAAUUUCCGCCUUCGCCUGAUAAUACCCCCAAGACUAAAAUCCUGUGUGUGUGUCUGUGUGUGUACACACACACAGACACACACGCGCAUAUCUUUAAGAACGUGAGCUCCGCUCCUUAAAACAAAAACAUACAUAGAUUCAGACACCGUGUCGCUCUUGAGAAAAGAUCCUAUAGCCCCAAAGAACAGGAGUUCAAGUCACGUUUACACUACGCAAAAAACCGAGCAGCUCAGCUACCAACUCAACUCCCCCACCACACCUGGAACAUAAAACAGGAAGAAUCCCGCCACCGAACCCCGCGAGUCGCGAGAAGGGCGUGAGCCAAACCCCACCCAUUCGGCCUGAUUUUGCUUUUCCUUGUUCCAAAUGGCUAGUGCCAACUGCCAAUCAAGAGAAAGUCCAGCCCACGGGCGCGCACGUCCCUGAAGAGGCAGCGGUUUAAGAUUAGCGGACGGGGGAGUAGGUCCGCGCGUGCGCUAGCAGGGAGCUGUUGGGGGAGGGGGGAGAUAAAAAAAAGGGAGGUGGAGAAGAAACAAAAACAAUCGCUCGGGCGCCGCCAUCUUGGGUCCGUUCUCUCCACCACGCAAGUGAAUGGGUAGCUAUGAAAUUACCACAGGGGCGCAGCAAGGUACGGAGGGCUAUUCAGCGCUACCAGCCGGGCCUGGGGGACGAUAAAACCGGUUCUUUCCCCCUCCUUCUGUUCUUCUUCUGCUUCCGACGCCGUCCCGAGGGAAAAUCUCGGCAGGGCCCUUCCUCCUCUUCGGCGGCUCCUCAACUUCGCUACCUAGAGCACAAAGUUGGGCUUAGCCGCGUUUUCGCCGCCAGCCAGGAGACCAGGGGGUUAGACCCAGGAGCAGCAGGCUUUUCGCAGUCUGGGAGGAAGAGUUAGGGAGAGAAGAAAGGCGAGGGGCUCCUCGCCCGCUUUUCUGCCUGCCUUCCCUUGCUCUCACCGCACAGGCUCGUCUCGUCUACGCUGUAUGGGAGGCACAAGAGGAGAGAAAAAGGCGAGCAAGGAUUGACCAGGCUCCGUGCCCUCGCCCGCCCCAUUCUCAUCCACUCGCUGCGGGUGUGAAGGGAGGAGGAGGAGGAAAAGGAGAAGGAAAAAGAGGGAGGAGAAGCAAACAAAAGCCAAGUUGGACCGCGUACGAAAAAUCUGCCUGCCUCUAAACAGGUCGAAGGGGACUUGGUGGGAAAUGGUGAGCCCGUGAAGGUUUAGAGCGGAGGGCAAAAAGAAGAAGUGUACGCUGACACAUGUAUCGACAAGCUUGAAGAGGGUUUUAUUGAUCAAGGAGUAAAGAUCUUACCUACUCACCCGCCUGGCCACUCAAAAAGACCGAUGUACCCGUAUUUGAUCUCCGUGGUUAUAGAGCAUCGCUUCACCUACUUCACCCAUAUUUGAGACCUUUCAGACUACUACUUCGGGAAACCUCUCGGAAGCUCCUUGAGUUUUUUUUUAUGUAUUUUUAGAAUCAUGAAAAAAAAAAUUCACCUUUUAACAGCUGGAAACAACAUUGCCUUCCCGCCUUCCUCAUCAAUUUCAUGUGAUUUUAAAUACCAAAUAGGAAGGUGUUUUCAGUAUAGUCUGGGCUCUUGAAUAGGAUGGGGGAGUUCUUUUAACAGUUGGGGAGUGUCUGAAGUCUGUUGGUCAAAUGAGAAAAGAUCCUGAAACAAAAAGGGAUUGAGUAAACAAGUGGAAGUAUGCAUUUUUUCCUUGCCUAGAUAAGGACUCUCCACUCCUUCCUUAGAUCUGUGGUGUCAAGAGGACGGAUUACCUCUUAUUUCUGCCCUCUUCUUGUUUGCUCUCAGCAUUUGUUAAUAGGAAACAUCAGUGUUUCAUAAAUUUCUUCAAAUUUUUCAAAUUAAUGGAUUGGUUUCCUAUUGUUUGUUCCACUGAAGGCAUAUUUAUGUUGACACUUGAAACUAAGAUGGAACUAUUUCUCAUCCAGAUACUAUGUUGUGUAAAAGAAGCGUGAAGACAGAAAGUAUUGUUUACUAAUAUUUGUGCAUCUUGCCUGUGUCCAGGACUCAUGGGAAAUACGAUUUCAAACUGAAGAAAAUAUAGUGUGCUUCAGGACAGUUAUUAGCUUAACAUUCAACUACUGCAUUGUUUAUCUUUUAAACUGGAUAGUUAACAUGCUCUUAUGAAUUGGAUUUUUUGCCAUUGUUAGUACGGAAGCCAAAUUAUGUGCGUGUUUCCAAAUAUAUACACCACUGAACUGGAGGGUAUAUUGAAAAAGAGCUAGAGACACUAUAUUAUAGAAGCUGGAUUUCAUUCUUAUGGAUGCAUUAUUUUCCAAAUGCAUUAUUAUAGAUCACUUUAAGGAAGUGAAAGACGGAUUUUCAUGUUUGAAAGAUCCUAGAAGCUGGAUAUAGAAUUUUUUCCUAUUGAUUCCAACUAUUUGGAAAAUGGGAGCUGCUACAAAGCUGGUGUUUGCUGUUUUUCUUAUAUCUUGUUCUUCAGGUGCCAUACUAGGCAGAUCAGAAACACAGGAGUGCAUCUUCUACAAUGCUAAUUGGGAAAAUGAUAAGACAAAUCGUAGUGGCAUUGAACAAUGCUAUGGUGACAAAGAUAAAAGACGACACUGCUUUGCAACAUGGAAGAAUAUUUCUGGAUCUAUUGAAAUUGUGAAAAAGGGUUGCUGGUUGGAUGAUAUUAAUUGUUAUGACAGAACUGACUGUAUAGAAAGGAAAGAUAGCCCUGAAGUGUUUUUCUGCUGCUGUGAGGGCAACAUGUGCAAUGAACAUUUUUUCUACUUUCCAGAGAUGGAAGUCACACAACCUACUUCCAAUCCUGUCCCAACUAAACCACCUCUGUUUAGUACCUUGCUUUACUCUCUCGGGCCUAUAAUGGGAAUAGCAGUGAUUGUACUCUUUUCAUUUUGGAUGUACAGACACCACAAAUUAGCAUAUCCUCCAGUACUUGUACCAACCCAAGACCCUGGACCACCACCUCCAUCACCAUUGAUGGGCCUAAAGCCGUUGCAGUUACUAGAGAUCAGAGCUAGAGGAAGGUUUGGCUGUGUCUGGAAAGCUCAGUUGUUAAAUGAAUAUGUUGCUGUGAAAAUAUUUCCAGUGCAGGAUAAAGAGUCAUGGCAAAAUGAAUAUGAAAUAUACAGCUUACCAGGAAUGAAGCAUGAAAAUAUACUACAGUUUAUUGGUGCUGAGAAACGAGGCACUAAUAUUGAUGUUGAUUUGUGGCUAAUAACAGCGUUUCAUGAAAAGGGUUCACUUACUGACUUCCUGAAGGCUAAUGUAGUUUCAUGGAAUGAACUAUGUCACAUAUCUGAAACUAUGGCAAGAGGUUUGGCUUAUCUCCAUGAAGAUAUCCCUGGUCUAAAAGAUGGCCAUAAACCAGCUAUAUCCCACAGGGACAUCAAGAGCAAGAAUGUAUUAUUGAAAAGUAAUCUUACAGCAUGUAUUGCUGAUUUUGGACUUGCUUUAAAAUUUGAGGCUGGGAAGUCAGCUGGUGAUACCCAUGGUCAGGUUGGUACCCGAAGAUACAUGGCUCCUGAAGUGUUAGAAGGUGCUAUAAACUUCCAGCGGGAUGCGUUUUUGAGAAUAGACAUGUAUGCCAUGGGAUUAGUUCUGUGGGAAUUAGCAUCACGAUGUACAGCAUCAGAUGGACCUGUGGAUGAGUAUAUGUUGCCUUUUGAGGAAGAAGUGGGUCAACAUCCUUCUCUUGAAGAUAUGCAGGAAGUUGUAGUACAUAAAAAGAAGAGGCCUGUUCUGAGAGAGUGUUGGCAGAAACAUGCUGGAAUGGCAAUGCUCUGUGAAACAAUAGAAGAGUGUUGGGAUCAUGAUGCAGAAGCCCGAUUAUCAGCAGGCUGUGUAGAGGAAAGGAUUAUUCAGAUGCAAAGACUAACAAACAUUAUAACAACAGAAGACAUUGUGACUGUGGUCACUAUGGUGACAAAUGUGGAUUUUCCUCCCAAAGAAUCCAGUCUAUGAUAGUAGCACUGGUCACACUUCUUGACCAAUAAGACUCAGCACUGGAACUGCCAAGUCAACUGGCCUGUUUCUGGUCAGUAAUUUUCAGUGUGAAAUAUGGUAAGUCUAUCUCUGAAGUGUCAAUAGGAAGAUUCCUCCUUGUACUUCUCCAGACAUGGAUCCAGGAGACUUACUGCAUAUGCCUGAGGAAAUGGCAAGAUAAUGUUAAACUUAUCUGAAGAACAUGGACCUAUCUCGGCUUGUCAGACAUUUUAAAAACUGACAUUGUAUUUCUUAACAUGUCAGACUAAUUCCUUAAAAUGAACUACUGCUAUUUUUUUUAAAUCAGACAUUUCAUUUCAGAUUUAAGAAAAAGGGUAACUUGUUUUUAUUGCAUUUGCUGUUGUGUUUAUAUAAAUGACUAUUGUAAUGCCAAUAUGACACAGCUUGUGAAUGUUUAGUGUGCUGCUGUUCUAUGUAAUCAAAGUGGGAUCUAGCAAAAAGGCUUCCAAGCAUUACUUAACCUCCCUCAACAAGGUAUACCUCAAUUCCACCUAUGCUAAAUUGAAUUGACAACACUAAUAAAACUGAAAUAAUAAAUUGAUCCAGAUUUUGUAAAUGA